UUAAAGUUCUUUAAGGAACCAUUAAGUUUGACAAAUAAUAUUUUUAGAAACUCAUUUGAAAAUUGUACUUUGUAAACGAUAAAUUGUAAAAAAUAAGGUAGCCUCCUUUAACUCAAGCCUAAGAAAAUAGUCACAAUGAUCGUUUCAGGUUAUUUUCUUUCAAAAUUAUGUCAUUUAUUACAUUUCAAAACGCAGAGAAUCUUAUUUUAGCUGUUAUGUUACAAUCAUUUUGUUCUCCAUUUCCUUGAUGAACCAUUUUGGCAACUACCGAGGGAUUUACAUCCUCAUGUGAUCCCUGCCAGAAACCCUUUACCUAGAUUUGCAGUCUGUAGACUGCGGCCAAGCUCUGAACACCGUCGCCUUUCGUGCGUAAAGUGUUUCUCACGCUUCUGGGGCCCUCGGGUGCCGAAAGCCGGGCAGAGUCAAUUAUCAGGGGAAUGAAGUUUGAAACCUCCGUUCGUUGGCUCGGGGCGUGUUUUCUUCUUUCGGUGGGUGUUCCCAAAGCAGGACGUGGGCGUGAAUGCGAGUCUGAGGCUCCAGCGGUUCGUGGGAAAGACGCGCAGAGGAGUUUGGAGACUGUACCUAAGCACACCGCAUCACCAUGAAGCGCCCGUCUGAGGACACCACGUCCGACAGCGACAUGGAUGAAACUAUUGAUGUGGGCAGCGAGAAUAACUAUUCUGGUCAAAGCAGCGGAUCAUUUAUAAGAUGUGGCUCACCUACCACAACUUCCCAAGUUAUGGCCAGAAAGAAGCGGAGAGGGAUCAUUGAGAAAAGACGAAGAGAUCGAAUAAAUAGCAGUCUAUCCGAGUUACGUCGCCUGGUCCCUACAGCAUUCGAGAAACAGGGUUCGGCCAAAUUAGAAAAAGCAGAAAUAUUGCAGAUGACAGUGGAUCAUUUGAAGAUGCUCCAGGCCACAGGAGGAAAAGGAUAUUUUGAUGCCCAUUCCCUAGCCAUGGACUUCAUGAGCAUCGGCUUUAGGGAGUGUCUCACAGAGGUGGCCCGAUAUCUGAGCUCAGUUGAAGGUCUGGACUCCAGCGACCCCCUCCGCUCCCGCCUGGUUUCUCACCUCAGCAGUUGCGCCUCGCAGAGGGAAGCGGCCGCCGUGACAACAUCCAUGGCGCAUCACCAGCAGGCCCUCCACCCGCAUCACUGGGCCGCAGCCUUGCAUCCCAUUCCCGCCGCUUUCCUGCAGCAUAGUGGACUACCGUCGUCGGACGGUCCCUCGGGCAGGCUCUCCGAUCUUCCUCAAAGAGGAGCGGCCCUUCUGACCUCCUCCUUUACCCACAGUGACUCCGCUUUGAGAGGGCCGUCUACAGGUAGCGUCGCUCCUUGCAUGCCGCCGCUAUCCACCUCUCUCCUUUCGUUAUCGGCCACAGUUCAUGCGGCGGCUGCCGCGGCCGCGGUGCAAACCUUCCCUAUCUCGUUUCCCGGAGGGUUUCCACUCUUCAGCCCAAGCGUAACGGCAUCUUCGGUGGCUUCUUCUGCCGCGAGCCCGUCCGUCUCCACGUCCACCUCUUCGCAACAGAGCAGCAGCGGUGGAAGCAGUAAACCGUACCGGCCUUGGGGAACUGAAGUGGGAGCUUUUUAAGUUUGGGAUUUGCUCAAAGCUCUGGGUCUGGACGUCUUUGUACAUAUAGAGGAAAAGAACAGCUAGGCCUGCUGUGGUCUGAACCUUGAGGUGUUCUUUUGAAAGGUUUAACAUGCUCCCGCACAUCCAAAAUUACUUUUGGAGAGACAAAAAACUUCUCACUACAUGGACAGGGAUUGCCAUAUUGAAAGAAGAAUUUCCAUGUGACUUUAAGACAUCCUCUCACAAAUCUCUCAUUUUCACACUUUCUCAUAGAGAACUGUUUCAUCUGACCAUACUGUUUCAACUUUGUGAAAAGGGCUAAACACCCACACUACUUAAAUGCUGCAUUUGA